UGUUCCACUCUCACAGGGAGCCAAUCCGGGAGGGGCGCACAUGGCACAGAGAGACCGUGCCGGACUGUAGAGCUGGAUGUGGCCACUUUCCUCUCAACUUGCUCUGUAGCCAACAUUCCCGCUACUGACACCUGCCCACUGUCUAAACGUGCCCCUCAGCCCCAUUACUUACCCACGGCCCCUGCAGCUCUGUACCCCUGCCCUGCGCCAAUAUCCCUAAGUGCCUCAGACUCAAGCAGGUCGCACGGCUUCAUUGCUCUUCUCCUUCUCGUCUGGCACUUGGUGCCCCGGGAUGCAGCUUUGGAGCUCAAAGAUGUGGCUUCUCCUCUGUUCAGUGUGGGCUCUCCAUAUCCCGGGGGGCAGAUCAGCCUGUGCCAGGCGCGCCCACCCCAAGUGCUGCCCGGGAAGGAACAACGCAUGCACCGCGCCGAGUCGCACCGGCCCCACCUGCUACUGCGACUCCUACUGCACCCGGAGCGGCGACUGCUGUCAGGACUAUCGGAGCCAGUGCGGGGGCAGCGUUUCGCAUUGUGUGGUUGGGCCUUGGGGGUCAUGGAGCGAAUGCAGUUCACGCUGCGGAAUAGGCAGCAGAGAGAGGACCAGGCAAGUCGUAGUGCCUCCAAGCAGUGGUGGGAGCCCCUGCCCUGAUCUAAGGCAACGGUGUGGAUGCUAUGGAGGGGACCCUGAUUGUCAUAUGUCUACAGAUGUGGCUAAGAUUUUACCAGACUCAUUCAAAAGGGAUUUCAGAGACCCCUGGCGAAGAUAUCUUACUACAGUGCAAGAGAGAGCCCCAAGUUACUGUGUCUAUUUUCGCCUGAAGCACGUGGGACUGGGCUGCCAGUUACAGGGUUGGAGCAGGCAACUCAUUCGAGAACAACUUGUAUGUGUUGAGUGCCAGAAGGAAGCUGCAGGUAGCAAUGGACGAUGCCAGGGAGAUGGACUUGCUGGGGUUAGAACAUUCUGGGCUGCUGCUUCACUCUCAAGCUGCCAAGGAUCAUGGGUACAGGAAGACCUAAGAGAGCACUGCACAUGCAAGCUGGUUUCUUUUCUUUUUGUGUAAAAAGUAUAGCCCUUAUAGCACUUAUUCCAGCUCUGGCCAGUCCAAGGCUACACCACAGGCUGAUGUCUCGGCCUAACAUGAGCCACUGGUAUGAGAAGCCCUAGCAAUGGCCAGUAAAGCACAGUCAGACAGCUUCCCUCAAUAUCUACCUCUGCCAUUCACUUAUGGAGGAAGCGUUUCCUAUAGUUUUCUCUUGUUUGAAAUGAUUAUUGCACACACCAGAAUAGGCCAUUAGGUUUGAAGAGGUUAUUUUCCUAAUCCUUGAACUUGGUGUCAAAUAUAGUGUUAUGUCCUCAGAAUUAAGACUGAACCCAUAUUCUUCACUUGAAUUUGUUUUGGAAAUAUCAAUGAUGACAAGAAAUUCAAAUAAUAUAAAUUAGAAUAUAAAUAUCAGAACUGGAAGUAGGCUGCACUUAAUUAAGAUAUCCAUAGGUUUCAGUGACAGCUGGAUCAUUCCUUGUGUCACAUUAUUGUGCUGAACGGAUGAUCCCAAUGAUUUAGUUACGAGAGUUGUUUCUGCAGAUCAGAUCCCAUUAGUGAUUGGUAAAUGGUUUUUAUGAUUAUUGAAAAAGAGUUCUUCAGGGUUUUUCAGCAACUGAAA